AACAUUUGCCUUCAGUUGGCAAAGAUCGUGCUAGGAGGGCAAAUAUGCUCCACCUCGGGUCGCUGCUCGGCGACAGGCCGCAUGCUGCCGAACAGUGAAGAAUGGUGGUGUGCUCCCGCUUGGUAGUGUGUUUAACAGAUAGAUCCGAUCGGAACUGCGUCUAGUGUGCGAUACAACCAGCGUGUGUGUGGGGGCUACCGAGGAUUUCCACCCACCUUCUAGUAUAGCUGGAUUAUUGACGUUUUGUUGCUGUUGUUGUUGCACUCGCUCGCGGAUACACUACAGUUUGAAAUUUGUGCGCCAGUGUCGACUGGAAUAAUUGCCAGCCUGCAAAACGUCGCGAAACAGUCCGCGACAGAGGAAGCGGCCAACACGAACAACCCGUAAGUGUGCAUAAAAAUAGAUCAUUAGAGGGUCGACGGAAACGUGUGUGCGUGUGUGUGUGUGUACGAGUGUCUCUAUGCGUGUGUGUGUGUGUACAGGUAAUUUGUGUGCUGAAUCCGGCUGGCCUAGGCCCGAUAAUUACGUGAAUACGUGAAGCAAAUAAGAGCAAAUGAUAGAGCCGUGGUGUGUUGGGCGAGGAUAGCGAGACAGACAGACGGUCGGUGUGGAAAAAUUGUGUCAUCUAAUGGCAAGUGCUAUUACCUUUGCAGUAUCCAAACGCUUCACAGUCACAAAUCGUGGUGAAACGGUCGCUGCAUACACCACCACCACCACCACAGACCAUGCGCCGCUGGCCGUGCAGAAGCGCGCAGAAGAAGGAAACGGCGCCGUGCUCGUGACGGCAUGAGCAUCGGCAUCAUCUUACGCACCAUCAUAUCUUCCAACUGGAUACUUCGAAAACGAUGCAUAAAAUGUGGUGUUGGUUAAUAGUGUUUCAUCUAUUCGUCCUUUAUGAUUUCGUUCACUGUAUCACGCUGACCGAGGUGCGGGUGCCCAAACAUACGAUCCGCGGUCACGCCGUCAAGCUCGAGUGCCACUAUGAUAUGGAAGGUGAAGCCUUGUACUCGGUGAAAUGGUACAAGGAUGGACGCGAGUUUUAUCGCUUCGUGCCAAGAGACGAUCCGCCGGGAAGUGUUUUCCCCCAGCCGGGCAUAGCCGUAGAUUUAGAAAACUCAACAAGCGAACAAGUGAUUUUAGAUCCACUAGAUUUAUCAUCCAGCGGGAAGUACAGGUGUGAAGUGUCCGCCGAAGCGCCAUCCUUUCAAACCGUCUCGGACCAUGGCGAAAUGAUGGUGGUGGUGUUGCCCGAUCAAGAUCCUUACAUUACGGGCGGCAAGCCGCGCUACCAGAUCGGCGAUCCGGUGCGCGUGAACUGCACUUCCGGUCGCUCCAAACCAGCCGUUCAUCUGACGUGGUACAUUAACGGCGAUCCUGCCGAGCCCGGGCUGGUCAAGCGGUACGAGCCACGCAUCACGGGUGCCGACAAACUGGAAACUUCCGUUCUGGGGCUCGAGUUUCGCGUCAAGCCGAAACAUUUCAAGCACGGCGAUAUGAAGCUGAAGUGCCUCGCGACGAUUUCGACCGUGUACUGGAAAAGCAACGAAGAAAGCGUCGAGGGCGAAAAACUGCAAAAAGCACCGACACUGGAGUCACGAAGGGCCGUAUCGGCGGACUCGCGGGCAGACCGAGUGCAAGCUGCGUCAAGCAACUGGGCAAAGGAAAGCUGCGAACGGUUGUCGGCAAUGCAGCUAGCAAUUUAUGUUUUAAUUCUGUUGACAAGUUAUCGUUACACUAGUUAAAACGGUCAACGUUAGGUAGGAAGCAGCAGGGAAGCAGUGGAAGUUAGCAAAAGGGGCAAUGGAGCGAAGCAAGCAUCUUUCACACUGUGCAAUUUCUUUCUAAUUCGUCCUUGUUUGGUCAAUUAAUGUGUAUCGAGUUGUGCAUGCAUUAAGGGUGUUAAAGUCGAGAGGGGGAGGGAUUACACGAUCGGAGGGAGUUCAGUGAGCGACACUCUUAAGAACAUAUCAGUAAUAUCAAUGUCAAGUAUAUUCAUCAUAUCAACAGCACCGGCUGCAAACUUUUCUUGUAAGCUCAUUUGUUCAAACAAAACUAAACCAAACUGAUUGAUGGAAAACACACACACACAACAACACUCCUAAAGGCAGACAUAGACACACACAAACACACAAGGUGAACAAAACGAAACGAAAAAACCAACACAUACCGAUUUGUAAAGAUAUCAGAGAGAGAGAGAGAGAGAGAGAGAGACACAGAGAGAGAAAGAUACAUCGCGCGGAUUUGUAAAUAUUUGUCAUAGUUUUAACUCAAACUUAUACCACUUCCCGAACGAUGGCGGACGACGGACGAUGGCUGCCGGAACUCGCACUACUUUCUACCGCAGUCGGCGGCAAAAGAGGGUAAAAAGAGGACGAGCACAGAUUGGGAAACUAUUGCAAACAUUCGUUUUAUCCAUUGCACACCCGAGUACGAGAUGAAAAGAAGAAAGAAUGAAUAAAGUAUCAAAUUGUUUCAAAAAUAA